GAGUAGUCUUUUCCUUCGAAGGAUGCUUCCUAAAAAGAGUGAAACGAAGGACAGAAAAUAGAAAAAAAAAAUGGAGCACAUAGAUCACGCUUACACCAACAGCACUUGCGACAAACCUUGCUCCGCGGAGUUCACUCAUAAAAAGCCAUCCUGAAACAUAUGGGAUUGCAGCAAAAGAUGACCCAUUGCCAAGCAUCUAAAAAAUGGGAGAACAUGAAGAAGAGAUACAAGGAGUUAAAGAAUCCUCCAGAAGGGGUGAAAGCGUUUCCUGAAAUGUGGCCCUUUUUCUCCUUGAUGGAUGAUGCUAUGGAGGGUCGGCUGGAGGGCAACGCCCCCAUCCUCAAGGCCUACUCCAGCGAUCACAACAAUGGGGACUUCUUACCCGUUUCCCAACCCAAAAAGAGGAAGCCAUCCACCAUGGAGAUAUCCUCUGCUUUGAUAGUUGACGGACCUGAGAUCGAGGUUUCCAUGAACAGUGAUGUGGACGGGGAGGAGGUGGCAGUGCAGCAGGGAAGCCUGGAGAUAGGCCGCAUCAUGCAGGAGGCAGAGGACGAGAAAAAUAGGAUGGACAGUCAACAACAGGUUAAAGAAAGAGAGAAAGAGGUGAUGGAAAGGGAGCGUCUGGUACUGCAGAGGGAGAGAGCGGUGCUGGAUAGAGAGAUCGCUAUUCUGGACCGAGACCGGGCUUUGCUGGAGAGAGAGAAGGCGACGAUGGAGAGAGAGCGGGCGACAGUGGAGAGAGAGAAGGCAGUGAUGGAGAGGGAGAGGACGAUGGUGGAGAAGGACAGAGAUGCUGUGUACAAGGACCGGCUGACUCUGGAGCAAGAGAAGGCGAAACUGGGAAGAACUUCUGCAGCAACAGAAAGUACCAAGAAGAUUGCAGAAGACAGCAGUGAGGUUAAAGAGUCAGACACCAUGAACAGGAAGGAGCGGUUCUUUACAUUGUUUGAAAAACUUAUUGAAAAUUUGUAAAAAGAAAAAAAAAAAAAUACAACUGCACUUUGCUAUAUUGUUUUGGGUAUAUUUAAUUUAAAAAGAGCAUUUAUUUUUGUUAAAUUAUAAAAUCUUGGAGGCUUUCUGCACAAACUGCCCCUGACGAAACAUUUGUCUGUUUGCACAAAUACAUUGUUUUGAAAGUUUCCACCUUG